CAGCCUUAUCACCCACCGCCAUGACAUCGACCGCGGCGUCGCCGGAGUCGCAGAAGAGGCAGCAGCGCAAGCCGCCGCUCUCCUCCUUCCCCACCGUCAAGAUCUUCACUCCCCCCGCAGGCCUCCAUUCGCGCAAGAUCGACGAGUGGUGCCUCACGCUCUGCACCCAGAGCACGUUCAACCGGCACCAGGGCCGCCUGCCCGAGUGCCACUCGGUGUGCCUCCGCCGCGUGUUCCCCCUCGAAGUGCGCCGCCUGAUGGCGCUGCACCAGUCGCGCAACCCGGGCGCGGGCGCGGGGGCCCUGCCGCCGCUGCCGCCCGAGGGCCAGCCGGAGCGCGUGCCGUGGCAGCUCGGCGGGAAGCGCGGGAAGGUGGAGAGCGACGCGAUGGACGCGGACUACGACGAGGACGACCCGCCGACGGGCAUCCCGGGCCGCGUGCUCGAGCCGCCGCGGACGUGGAAGGAGGGGUGGUACCUGUGGUCGAUGGGCAGCCUGUCUGCGUUCUGGAACCACACGCACCAGAUGGCGACGACGCUGGAGAACGUCGACCAGAACGGGAAGGUGAAGCGGCCCCCACGCCGUCAGCCCGCUCGCCUGGUCGAGAUCGACCAUGAGUUUGAUAAUCACACGGAGGAGAAUCUUCUGAUCCCCAUUCCUCCCGAUACUCCUCCGAUUAUCGAGCCCGUCAAGAAGUUCCUCAAGCCCAGUGGUCUCGUCCUUAACCUCUUCUACGACAGCGUCGUCGAGGGGCACCAGCGCGAGUUCUUCGGCCGCGUCUGGGAGAAGGCCCAGACGGACGAGCCCUGGAAACUCGCGUACAACUCCGUCAAACGCUUCUACGAAAGGUGGAAGCAGAACGCGCGCUCGGGUGACGACGAUGAGGAGGAGAAGAGGAGAUAGUCGACAGUGUUUCACGACAAUUUGCCUACGGCAUCCGGUUGGCAUCCUCCUACCUACGCAUCUUCGGUCGUCGCUUUCUACUCACCUUUCUACCCACCUACUCUCAGCCGUAGUCAGUCUUUCCCGAUAGACUUCGCUGUCGCUAUAACCCCUUCAUCUCUCAUUUCUAACGCACAUAAUCAACAUGCUUGUAGCCUUUAUGACGCCGCUCAUUGAAUGUAAUGCUAGUAAUUUAGACGGACGGUGCUCUAAUGGACGCGGGUCACUCAGCUACUGAGCGCGUUAUCGUAGAGUUCUUCGUCGUUGCGCGUCGGGAGGGCAGCUGCUCGCAGAUGAAAGGUCGCACCAGGAUAUCUGAUUAAGAAUUAUGCCGCGUAGCCGCUCUGACAUACUGGCCCGCCAUACACGUUAAUACAUAAAAAGCCCCAGUCCUUGUGGCAUCGA